ACAUAAAUUAUAUGAUCGUGCUCAUUAAGUGUAUUGUAUAUUGAUCAUUAUUAUAAUUAUCAUUUGAUGACCACUGUAUGUCAACGAUGACCAGCAAGGUACGCUUCACUUGUUUAUCUGAUGUCAUAUAAUAAGUAGAGGAUCAUUACUGCUUUGUUUCAAGUGACAAGCAAAAGUACCUUCAUUAUACCGUGUGUUAAAUAAAGUGAUGUUUCACCAAUAUAAAGACGCAAUUUUCUAUCAAUUUCGUUGUCCAUAAGCAACAAGCAGGCUGUCAUUCGGGCAUUGAGGCGGAACGCGCAUAACGCUGUAGUUUUAAUCGUUUACCUGGGCCGUUUGUCAAAAUUGGAAAGAAUAAUAGAUUGUUACUUUCGGCAUUUACAUUUGAUCUGUCAUUACCGUUACUUUAAAACGUGUUUAUGUAACGGAGUUUGUUGAAAAUAUGUGGUGGUACUUUUGAUAUUAUUUUUUGGAUUUUUUCCAGACGCUUUUACUUUUUUAUACGUGAACUAAAUAGAAAGUUUCUAACCAUCGUAAUAGUUGAUAAAAUGACACAGUGAGUUGUUAACGUGAUUUGCAACUUCUACAGUAGUGUUAAUAGUUUGUGAUACAGAAAUUCCAUACGGAUAUAAUGUGAUCAUUAAAUUCUGUAGUAACGUGCGAAUUGAAAACUCAAUAUGGAGCUAAGUUUACGGAUUAUUUUAGCAUUGUACAUGUUCCUGAUGACAGGGACCGGAAUAGCUCAGUCUACCUUACCAAAAGCAAUCAAUAUCCGACUAGUAGAUGGGAACGAUCCCUCGGAGGGACGUAUAGAAAUCCAGAGUGCCGACGGUAACGCCGGCGAUAAUCCAUGGGGUACUAUAUGUAACGACCAAUACGAGGUAGACAAUAAAGCAGCAACUGUGAUAUGCCGACAACUUGGUUACAUCUGGGGGGAAGGUACUGCAAACCGGAAGUUCGGAUCUGGUUCAACUGAUAUGCCAAUAUUUUUAGACGAGUUGGUAUGUAACGGAUCAGAGAGUUCGAUCACCCAGUGUCGUAGCAGUGGAUGGGGACGACAUAACUGUUAUCAUCACGAGGAUGUUGGAGCUAUUUGUCAUAAUACAACAGUUCGACUACAGUCAAUGUCGCGGCAGACGAACUAUGGUGUUGUUCAGGUCAUGUACAAUUAUAAAUGGGGCGAUGCCUGUGAUGAAGGUUGGAACGAUUUUUCUGCCACCAUUGUUUGUAAAGAGCUUGGUUUUGUCUAUGGUAUUGCAGAAUGCUGCUCCGCUCUAGGGCCCUCAGAUUUCAGUAAUGUGGACAGAUCAUACAAAUACUCGUGUACCGGAAAUGAGACGAAACUGAGUGACUGUCCGAACAUCAGUUACCGUGGAAUGUGUGACUACUCCCAUCGUGCUGCUGUCGUAUGCCACAACACAACAGCCGACAAGGUCGACACUGGGUUUGCUAUACGGCUAUCUGGUGGACAAGAUAACUGGGGCCGGGUCGAAGUACGUCACAAUGGUAUAUGGGGCCAGCUAUGUAAUGAUAGGUGGACCGACGCCUCAGCAAACGUCACGUGCAAGGAAUUAGGCAAGGGUUUCAUAGGAGGCGUGGCUUUUGGACCGAUUGCAACGCCCAAUUUACCGUUUUGGUUGGUUGACACCACGUGUAGUGGCAAGGAAUCGAGUAUCCAGAAGUGUAAUUAUACUCAAUGGGGAGAACCUCUUCUUUUUGGCUGCAAUGCCGCGUCUGUACUUUGUUAUAAAGCAACAGGAGUACAGUUAGAUAUUGUGGAUGGGCUGGUACCGUCUACAGGCAGGGUACAGAUAACGUAUGAUGGGUUGAAGGGUUCUAUUUGUGCUGAGGAGGAAUGGACUGAUAAUGAUGCUUUCCUGGUUUGUAAAAUGAAGGGUUAUUCUGACGGUAUAGUGAAGACACCUACCGGAAGUUCUAUAGACGUACCGCCCUAUUUCCUUAACCGACUCAUCUGUAACACCCUCACUAAUGUAUUCAUGUGCUCUACAUACGGAUGGCGGGUAAAAACUGACCAAUGUAAGGAGAGCGCACAUGUCACGUGUUUUGGCAAAGUAAGAUUAUCUGGAGGGAAUGAGAACUCCGGUAUAGUUGAAUACUUUGAGACGGACGCUUGGGAAGGUUUCUGUAGCGAGGGGUUCAAACCAGAGUAUGCUGUGUUGGUGUGUAAAGAACUAGGUCAUAAAACCGGAAGUUUGUUACAGCCAGGUGUAUACGGCUCAUAUCUUUCAACGCUUGGUCGGAAAAAUCUAAAAUGCAAGCCAAAUGAUACCAGUAUAAUGGAUUGUGAAUAUGACAGUCAAAAAUGUCAGUCGACCCAAUAUGUGGCGGUCAGUUGUCAUGACAACACACCAGACAAUGGUCCACAGUUCCAGCUUGUUGGUGAUAGCCCGGACUCGGCGUAUGGACGUGUUGACGUUUACUUACAACAUAUUUGGGGUGAAAUAUGUGCCACAGGCUGGACAGAUACUGAAUCAGACGUCUUCUGUCGGACGAUGGGGCGGGGCUUCAAAGGAGGCGUUGCAGCGUACUAUCACAAACGACGCAGAACGCCCACAUUAGUGACCGACAUAAAGUGCACCGGAACAGAAAAGUCUUUGACAGAUUGUAUGAUGGGCAAUUAUUCUACAUGUUUGGUUAGCCAACGAGCUGGUGCCGUCUGCUAUAAGAGCUCAGCUCCAACUGUCUAUCUAGCUGAUGGUGGUUCUAAUUAUGGGCGUGUUGAAAUAAGUAGUGAUGAUAUAAGUGGAUCUGUGUGUGAUUUUGAUUGGACAGUGACAGAGGCUUCUGUUGUUUGCCAAGAAAUCAACAAAAAUUUUACCCAAGGUGAACCUUACAGCAACUUCCCAUUGGCAAAGGGAGAUGUUGUUUUGACAAGCUAUGAAUGUUCAGGUCUUGAAAAGUCUUUACUUCAAUGCUCCAAUGCAGGAUGGAAGUCAGUGACAUCACGUAAUUGUUUAGAUCACAGUCAUGAUGUGGGUGUGUACUGCUAUGGAAAAGUCCGUAUAAUGGAUGGAAAGAAAAGUUCAAACUAUGUUACUGGACGAGUUGAAAUACUAUCACCUAACAGUGGAGGACAGAUAGAGUGGAAUGUAGUCUGUGGCGAGGGGUUUGAACAAGUUGAUGCUGAAGUUGUGUGCAAAGAAAUGGGUUUUGAUGCCGCCAAAGUUUUAGCUCCAGGCUCUUUUGGUAUUAAACCAAUCUGGAAGUUUUACACAAAUUUAACAUGUAAAGCAGAUGGCAAUGAUAUUUAUACAGACUGUACAUUCCAAGAAGGGACAUGUAAUAGAGUUACACAUAACUACGCUAGUGUUCAAUGUUUUAAAUCUGGAACCAGCCCAAAAACUGAGUAUACAAUAUUAGGAGAGAAUCACGGUUUAGUUAUAGCCCAACAGUAUGGUAUGAAUGGAACAAUCUGUGCUGACGGAUGGGAUGAUACUGACGCUGAUGUCUUGUGUCGCAGUAAAGGAUUUAAAGGUGGCGUUGUCCUCGGUGUGCCAGAAAUUUAUACAAGAACCGCCCCAAUCUGGUUUACAGAUGUGAACUGCACAGGCAAGGAAAAUGAUCUGUCUGAAUGUAAAAAGAAUGAGACUGUUACAAUAGAAUGUUCUAUGUCCUUAAAAGCUGCUGGUGUGCUUUGUUACAAAACAUCAGGUGUUCGUCUUAAACUUGUCAAUGACAAGAUGGCAAACUUUUAUGGUCGUGUUGAAAUAGAAUUUGAUGGUCAGAAUGGAACAGUAUGUGAUUCUAGUUGGUCGGCAUAUGAUGCGAGAGUCACGUGUCGCCAGCUUGGAUUCCCCGAUGGAGAUGCUUAUAUGAAGUCAUAUUACGGACGCGGAAGUGGGCCGGUAGUAUUGUCUGGUAUGACGUGUGAUAAUAGUGAGAGUAGUCUCCUUGCAUGUCCUAGUAUGGGCUGGAUGGUUGCCCAGUCAACCUGCAAUGACCAUGAACGAGAUGCUGGUGUCAGGUGUAAAAGAUAUGUUUAUACAGAUCAAGCUGACAGUUAUGGUGCUGUAAAAGUUUGGAAAAAUGGUGCUUACUUUCUUGUUUGUGCAGACAGCUUUGAUGACAGAGAGGCAUCUGUAGUCUGUCGCACUAUGGGCUACCCGUAUGGUAAAAGCUUGUGCUGUGAUGCAUUCGGUUUUCAGACGGCUAAAAUUGGGUUUUCCAGCUCAGGGUGUACAGGAAGGGAGAUGAGUUACGAUCAGUGUAAGAAAUCAUUUGGAGGAAUUGGUUGUAAAUCUAAACAAUACGCAUCUGUCGUCUGCUCCAGGGAAAGAGCAAUUGGUAUAGAUGUAGAUAUAGAGGAGUAUGCCCCAGGGAUAGGGAGUGGUCCUGUUCUUAUAGAAUAUAUGGGACAGAAAGGUUACAUGUGUGCAGAGAAUUUUGAUGACAAAGAUGCUGCUGUCAUCUGUAGACAAAAAGGAUACCAGGGAGGUUAUGCUUAUAAAUAUUACAAUGUAGAUGUGCGUAUGCGUGCUACAACAGAUCUACGCUGGAUGCGUGGACCAGAUUGUAAUGGUACAGAGAAACGUCUAGAUGAUUGCCCUGGUAUAGAUAUAGCUAACGUCAGUGAAUGUUUUGUUCUCUCUCAUGCUGCAGUAAUGUGCUACAAAACAGAGGAGGCUUCCGAGUUUAGUGUACGUCUACAGAACGCUGUUCACCCUGGUGAAGGGUUUGUACAGAUCAAAGUCAACAAUACAUGGGGAAGUGUGUGCACGAAAAAUACAUUAAUCAGUAAUUUUGAGGCUACAGUUGUAUGUAGACAACUUAACUUUAAAUAUGGUGUUGUUAUACCAAUACCAAGUUACCCUCACCUCAAUGGAUCAGUGUGGUUAAGUAACCUGAACUGUGUGGGCACAGAGGGAACACUACAGGAGUGUCUAUUGUCAGGAAUGGGGGAGAGUAUACCAGAAGAUUGCCUCACCCACAAUUAUGACAUGGCUGUCAAGUGUUAUGCAAAUGUGCGAGUAUCUGCAGCACCGACACCAAAUUUUGGUAUGAUACAAGUACUAAACGAGACAUCCAAUCACUGGGUGUCUGUUUGUGAUGUUGAUUUCGAUGACAUGGAUGCACGAGUCGCGUGUAGAAACAUUGGAUACAAAGACGGAAAAGCUCAAUGUUGUUCAAGCCUGGGUCCCAAACUUACGUACUAUAACCCGAUUGAAGUUGCUAAUGUUCAGUGUACAGGACAUGCUGGUGAAGUUGACUUUAGUAGUUGUCCACAUGAUAUGAGUCCUGACGUAAAAUGUGAGUCAAAAAGUUAUGCGACAGUUAUCUGCACUGAUGUAUCUCCACCAGUUGAAAAUUUACGUGCUGGUAUCGAGGAAGGAAAAUCAUUUGGUCAUGUUGAAGUGACACGGUAUGGGGUCAAUGGGUCAGUGUGUGACGAAGGUUGGGAUGAUCGUGAUGCCAGUGUACUGUGUAGAGAACUUAACUUUACAACAGGAUAUGCCACAACUGGUGCAAACUCUGGAAAACUUCCCAUGAUUCUCUCUGAUGUAAAUUGUACAGGAAAAGAGCAAAGCUUGUCUGAAUGUUCAUUCCCUCCAUUAAAAGAUGGUCAUUCUUGUGUUGGUAGAGGAACUAAAGCAGCAGUUGUUUGUACCAUGGAUGCAGAGCCAAUAAGAUAUCGAGUUGCUGAUAUGAUUAGUGGACGGGGACGUGCAGAAAUUUACUUUGAUGGACGUUGGGGCACUAUUUGUGACCUGUACUGGGAAGAUGAUGAUGCAGACGUGUUCUGUAGGGAAGCUGGAUACAUGGGAGGAGAAUCUACUAUCUUACUGAGAAGGGGGAAAUCGGAACAGCCUAUAUGGAUGAGUCAUGUGGAAUGUAAUGGUGAUGAAGACCACUUCUUGAAGUGUAGAGCAUCUUGGGAUGCUAGAACGAUAUCACGAUGUUCUCAUUAUGAUGAUGCUGGUGUCAUGUGUUAUAAAUCAGCGCGCCUCAAUCGUGGAGAUUACCGUACAAAACAAACAAAUGGUAUUGUAGAGUUACAUGUCCCCUCGGCUAGGUUUGGAACUAAAAAUUGGAAUACUUUAUGUGCUGAUACAUUCACUGACACAGAAGCAGAGGUUGUUUGUCAUGAACUAGGACAUGAGCAUGGUAUUGCUAUAUGUUGUUCACCGUAUGGAUACAGUACAACCCCAAUGUCAACAACUCACUUGAUGUGUAAUAACACAGCAAACUUAAUUAAAGAUUGUGAGUUUGUAAAGAAUAACUCUACGUGUAGCAGACAAAAUUAUGCAUCUGUUACAUGUUACAAUGGCACCAGAUCUCAAACGGCAUAUUCUGUCAGUCUGAAGGGAUCACUUAAGUAUACAGGUCAAGUUGUAUUAAAAUAUUUGGAUGUACCAGGUAGAAUUUGCUGGACGGGAUGGACGGACGAAGAUGCUCGGGUUGUCUGUCGGGAACUUGGUUUUAGAAAUGGAUCAGCUUACUAUCAUUACAAGUCUGGAUUUAUCUACCUUGAUUAUAAUGGCCCUUACUGGACAAGUAACGUAAAGUGUGUUGGAAAUGAAAGUCAACUGAGUGAUUGUCCACAUGCUGGGUUUGGAAAUGUACAACAGUGUGAAGAUAGGGGACAUUAUGCUGGUGUUAUAUGUUUUGAUGAUACAGACAUAGCAUAUCGUAUAUCAGGAGGUAACCAUCGUUAUGGUCGAGUGGAGUUUACAUAUAAUGGAGAUUGGCAUACAAUAUGUAGUAAUACCUGGGGUAGCGAGGAAUCAAAUGUCACGUGCCGUCAACUUGGGUUUGUUACAGGAGAAGUAUAUGACGGGGAAUACCUGGAAAAACCAUCUGGAAAAGCUUAUUCUAUUAAUUACAGGUGUAAGGGUGAUGAAUCUAAUUUAAAUGAUUGUCCUCAUGAAGGGUUCCAGGAAUCAACAUAUUGUCAGACACAUAAAGAUGAUGAGGGUGUCUUCUGUUAUACAAGUGUAAAACUAUCUGGACCAGAAGGUUCUACAAGUUCUAAUGGAACAGUAUUAUAUUACGUAAAUGACACUUGGUCUUUGGUUUGCGAUGAUGAUUUUGAUGACAUCACGGCGAAGAAAGUGUGUCGCGAGCUGGGGUUUGAGCAUGGGCGGAGUAUAUGUUGCUCAGCUUAUGGAGAAAUAAAC